AUGUACAGUUUCAAGCUUCUCAUGGCCAUUCUUCUUUUCUUUCUGUUCAUACCCUCGACCCUCGAAGCCGUCACCACCAUCUCCUUCAACAACAACAACAACAACAACAACAACAACAACGCAGUCACCCAACAAGAAGAACUCUCCCUCCACGACGUCGUCUCCAAUGCCACGACCAACUCCACCCUCGAGACCCUCGACAAACGCCAAACCGCCAACGUUGUCGUAACGUUCAACCUCCUUGUGGUAACCACCUAUGGCCAGAUGAUCGGAUGCAUUGGCUCCAUCGCUCAACUGGGCUCCUGGAACCCUCGCAUGGGCCUCGCCAUGAACACAGACCCGGCGUUUAGCACUACCUUUCCCAAUUGGAUCGGCACGAUCAGUCUUCCUGCUGGGACCGCCAUCAUGUAUAAAUACGUCAAGCUGGCGGAUUCUGGCGAGACGUGGGAGGCGGAUCCUAAUCGUGCUUGGACGGUGCCAAGUGGGGUUGCGAGUGCGACGUUGUAUGAUAGCUGGCAAGAGGAUCCGAGGAGCACGUUCAUCACUAGCACCAUUACUGUGACGAGUACGACCAGUGUCACGAACACGGUCCGGAGCACAACUUACACAACGAGAAGUGUCCCUGUCACUACGACAAUAACGAGUACUGCCCAAGUUGGGGUCACAAAUACUGUCACCUCCAGUACAACUGUGACCUACGUCUAUCGAGAAUCAGGAGCAACGACCGCAGACCCGCAGCCUGUAGCGAAUACCAGAACGGCUACCCAGACAUCAACUUCAAUCACCACAAUCGUGAACCAGCAGCCGAGUACCUAUUCAACAACACAGAUAGCCACAGGUACGGUCUAUCAGACUGUCUACAGCACGGUCACGAACACAAUUGCCGGAGUCACGACGCAGCCUGCGACCUCACAAACGACAAGGAUUGUGACUGCUACAGCGGCACCGCGGUACACGACCCUCCAGCAGCCAAUGACCUCUACACUGAUACCUUCGACGGAGACUAUGCCUAUCCUCACUGUCUACUCAACAAGCACGAGCGUCUCAAGCUUCCCCGUUACUAGCACUUCAGUUUCAACACGGCCGAUUACAUCCACAACAUCCUAUUUAUCAACGACUACUCGCGUUCUUACUUCCUCGGGCAAUCUCAUCACCCAAACUUCAAUUUUCACAGGCUCCACAACUUUUGUAACAACUUAUAGCACGACCUACUUGACAACCUUCUCGCAAACCGUUACGGAAGUCAGUACACGAUCUAGCACGAUCGUCAACACACGGGAUGUAACCAACACAGCUUCAGCAACACUGUACACUACCGGAACAGCAUCACAAACAAAUCCUACCUCAACUGCAAGCGCCCCUACCCGCACGUCAACUCUCUCAGACUCAAGCACAACACUGCCUGCUACAUUGGUCAUCCUUAGCAGCACCUCAAUCCUAAUAUCCAGCAUUCCAGCCACAAGCACCCUUAUCACAACACAGCCAGUCACGCGUGACAACCCUGACCAGCACAUCCCUUUCGACAUAUUUGACGACUUUCGACCAAACGCAGACCGCAUACAGUACGCUAUCAAGCAGGCUCACGAAUACGAUCUCUGGGGCUUCAACGGCUGUAGGAACGGCUUACUGGAGCGGGACUGUGAGCCUGACGUUGCCAACAGCGACGCAAUCGGCACCAACGAGAACUUCCACUUUGCCGGAAUCGCGGACUACGUUGCCCGUUUCUACGGUUACCUUAAUACUUCCGAAUUCGUCGAUCACGUUGCCGGUCGUCUCGGUCAUCAUCAGUUCUACGUCCACGAGCAUAUCACGACUCCCACAGACCUCGGUCCUUGUGUCUACGGCUGUACUUAUUUCUACGACAAGCUAUUUGAGUACCACCACGAGGGUAACUUCGGCAUCAGGCCGUCUCAUUACCCAGACCUUCAUAUCGACCCGAAUCAGCACGUAUUCAACCACUUCAAGCUCUCUGUAUACGACGCUCCUGCUUGGUACCCAGACCGUCGUAAAUACGGCACUGUCCAGCGUGACGAGCUCGAGAGAAAUCACUUCUACGGCCGUGGCCUCAACUUACACCACCCGGAAUACUUCAUUGCAAAAUCCUACCUCUACAGCUACAGCUCAGGCCCUGACCUCGACGAGUCGCAGCACUCUCACUUUGCCCUUUCAAGUCGUGACCCUUUCGAGCACAAAUACCAGGGUCUUGACUGGUAUCAGCACAUAUCGGACGACCUCAAGCUCUCUUUCUAUAACGCUUCUGCUAGGCACAUCAACAUCUGUCCGGACCGUCCAAUCCUCUAUUACCAGCUCAGUAGACAUCACUGCCACAGCAAUAGCUUCGGCAUACACUACAUUGUCUGCUACAAGCCGUGCUCCUCCAUCGACUUCUACAGAUCCCCAACCUCGAACCUCCACCCGCUUAACAUCAACUACUUUGCCAACGGGAUUAGUGGUGAUAUCCAGCACGAGCACGAGGGUCUCGAGUGUCCCGGUGACAUCCACUUUGGUCUCGACUGCACACUUGACUUCCACAAGCAGUUACUCAACCACGAUCACACUCGUUAUGUCAAGCAAUGGAUUUUCGGUCACUCGAACGCUCAUCUCAAGCGGCAUAAGUACAUAUGUCACAAUCUCGAGCUCACUUUUGCUCUUCACGACGGUGCGAACGGUCAACUCUUUGGCUACAGUACUAUCGACCCAAACCAAUACCAUACAAGGAACGACAACAGCUCAACUCUCAACCUACCGUACGGAGAUCCAGCCACUCACAAGACCCACAUCAACGGCUACAGCCUCGCCAGCUCAGUCUUCUACGUCCCGGACGAGCCUCACCUUACCGUUCCAGGUCAUAGUGCAAUCGAGCACAAUCUCGCUGAUUUCGAGCAUACCUCUUACGACCACAGGCGUUUCCAUCGUGCAAGUGACAAUAUCGACUGUUUAUAG